AUGAACAGUACGCGACAAGCCACCAAAAUGAGCCACGACCGUGCGUGCUUCUUAUUUCUGAUUCUAUUUGCUUGCGCUACUUUACCGUUUGAAUGUGAAGCGCAUAUACGGAAUCGAUCGUUGAAACGAAUCUUAGAGUGGAAAAAACGUGAUGAGAACUUUCGUAGAAUCACAGCAGUAGCAAAGCCGUUGAGUUUCGUAGUUGAGAAGAAUGUCGACGAAGUGAAUGUCGAGCAGAAAAUGGAACAUAUCAUCGAAGCGAAUACCAUCAACGCAGAUGACUCAAACGAAGACGUCGACUUAAUCUCCGUUGUACCGAUGCGAAAAAUCCGUUUGCCAACUGCUCAUCACGCCAUUCGUCAACAUCGAGGUGGUAAUGAUAAAGAAUUCCGGAAAUGGCUAACAGUGAAAAUCGCUAAGAUCAACAAAAAGAGAUUACAUCAAGCACGUCGAGCGAAGUUGAACAGGAAGCCGGUUCCCACGGGUAAACUUGAUGAACAGAAAUGGUGGGACGCUGAUGGUCAGUCGAAUGAUGAAGAAACAUGGGCGAAUCGUAGGUAUCUGCGAGAGCCGUGCUUAGUAAAGAGUGGAAAAUUAUACGAACACAGGACAUAUCCGAGACCAUGGGAACUUGAGGACUUCGACGAUACGCAACUACCGGAGGAGUUUGAUUGGCGCAACGUGAGCGGUGUCAAUUAUUGCAGUCCAACCCGAAAUCAGCAUAUUCCCGUAUAUUGCGGUAGUUGCUGGGUGUUCGGUGGAACAGGCGCGUUAACUGAUCGUUUCAACAUAGCACGUGGUAACAAAUGGCCGAUGACAUUCCUUUCACCUCAGGAAAUCAUCGACUGUGGUGGAAAAGGGAACUGUCAAGGAGGUGAUGUCGGUGACGUGUUCGAAUAUGCGAAUACGCAUGGUCUCGUUGAUGAGGGCUGCAAUAACUAUCGAGCCACCAAUGGAGUGUGCGACCCCUUCCAUCGAUGCGGUUCCUGUUGGCCGGACAGUUGUUUCUCCAUCCAAAACUACACUCGAUACUAUGUGAAGGAUUACGGUAAACUGACGGGUCGCUUGAAUAUGAUGCGCGAAAUCUACACGAGUGGUCCAAUCGCAUGCUCAAUAGGUUGCACAGCGAAGUUUGAUCUGAAUUACACGGGCGGUAUCUAUGCAGAGAAGAUACAAGUACCUAUGAAUCAUAUCGUAUCGGUGACUGGAUGGGGUAUCGAUCGGAAAACUAACAUUGAAUAUUGGAUCGUGCGAAACAGUUGGGGAGAGCCAUGGGGUGAGAGAGGAUGGUUCCGCAUCGUAACGUCGCUUUUCCGAGGUGGAACUGGUAACGAUUUCAAUUUAGGAAUUGAAUCUGAGUGUUACUUCGCUGAUCCGGAUGUGAGUAACCUGGAUUGA